AUGGCAAUCCUUGAUCCAAGCAAUGAAACUGAAGUAGAAUCGGGCAAUUCCAAUCCCGUCGACUCUGGAGUCAAUUUGAGUUGCCCUUUCUACAUGCACCCGUCGGAUAACACUAGUGUAAUGUUAGUCACAGCUCCUUUCAACGGCAUUGGCUACAGAUCCUGGAGGAGAAGUGUUCUUAGGGCUCUAUCAAUCAAAAAUAAAAUAGGAUUUAUUAUUGGAGAAUACAAACGCCCAGACCUAGAUUCCCUACAAUUCCGUCAAAGGGAGAGGUGCGAUGAUAUGGUAAUCUCUUGGAUUCUGAAUUCUCUGUGUAGAGACAUUGCUGAUGGUGUCGAAUAUGCUAGUAAUGCCUUCGAGCUGUGGAAAGAGUUAGAGGACAAGUACGACCAAACGAAUGGUACCAAAUUGUAUCAAAUCCAAAAGGAAAUCAAUGAUUUAACUCAAGGUGUUCUUGAUAUUACUGGUUAUUAUACGAAAAUGAAGAAACUUUGGGAGGAAUUAAACAUGAUAAGUGCCAAAUCACAGUGCACUUGCCAAUGUACCUGUGGGGCUACGGAAAAUAUCCACAAAUCUUAG